AUGGCAGGCCCCAUCAGCACCAUCUCACCUCAUGCUAGCCCCGUGUACCUGCUGAUGGUGCAUGGUCAAACUGGACGGGCUACGGGAGAUGUUCAAGUGUGUCAGGAGGAGUUUGCACGAAACGGCGCCACCGCACCUGUACUAAUCCACCACCAGCCAAUGGAGGAGCUCAGUGCACUGGAAUCUCACAGCAGCUUCAGACUUGCAGUUGUCCCGUGGAUGGUGGAUGGUCAACAUGGAUGGCACAAGGAGCGUGUUCAUGGUCGCCAUGGUCAUCAUUCAGCCAGUGUAGCAAGACGUGCGGGGGGGACGAAGACAAGAAGGAGAACAUGCUCGUCUCCCUCCCCAGCCCAUGGUGGGUAUAACUGUUCGGGAUUUUCUGCAGAUACAAGGAACUGCUCUCUGCCUUGCCCAAUUCACGGAGGUUGGUCAUCAUGGUCAUCCUACACUCAAUGCAGUAAAACAUGCCAGGGGACCCAGCAACGAACGCGAUUCUGCACUAAUCCACCACCUGCUAACAGCGGUGCAGGGUGUACUGGAGCUCCAACUGAUAUCAGGAUAUGCGGUGCUACCUACUGCCCAGUGGAUGGGAAAUGGUCAACCUGGUCACCAUACAGUGCAUGCAGUGCAACUUGCGAAGGAAGCAAGACUCGAAGCCGGUCAUGCACCGACCCUGCCCCAGUAUAUCUAGGUGCUGAGUGUCAAGGAAUUGCGACUGAACAUGCAAUCUGUGGUGAAGCACAUUGUCCAAUUGACGGGAAGUGGUCAGCCUGGUCACGAUAUGGUGCAUGCAGUGGCACAUGCGAGGGAUACCAGACUAGAAAAAGGAACUGUAGCAACCCGCCACCAGCACACAAGGGGCUUCCAUGCCAGGGCAAAAGCUCUACUCAACAGCAACGAUGCGGCAGAAGUCACUGUCCAGUAGAAGGUGGGUGGUCGCAGUGGUCUCCAAUUAUGAGUGCUUGUUCAGCAGGCUGUGGGACUGGAAGUCGCACUCUGAGGCGUUAUUGCAACAUGCCAGAACCCCGGUAUGGAGGAUUGAAUUGCUCCGGCGAGGGUGAAAGGAAUGAGUCAUGCUUCUCGCGGAAAUGUACAGAAGUGUCUACAGUCAGUUCUGAAAGUCAGCGGAACUCAACUACAAAGGGUGGCGAUCUACAUCCGGGCAGCAGUCCUAUGGAGCCUGCCCAGGGUGAGAGCUCGCAAAUCAACAAAUGGUCACGUUCCACAUUCGUCGGACUCGGUGUUUCAGUGGGUGUUACUAUUCUUCUUUCAACGGUUGCACUCACACUCUGGAAGAUGAACAAGUUGCCAGUGAGGACGUGCCUCGCUGAAAAUCGAGAAGAUGGCGAUCUAGAACUCAGAAAUGAGUUCGGUUCCAACCAGGAUGCCCCUGUUCUGGAUCUGAACACUCCUACAAGCAUGGAAGCCAAUGAGGCGUAUGAGAGCUGUGGAGUCGCAACGAGUGAUGCAUAUGGCUGUGUGGACUUGCGCGUCAAUCAGGUGCUUGGUGACAAGUCUGAAACUGGCGGCGCACGAGAGUCUGAGAGCAUCACAGAAGGAGAAUACGCUUUUAUCCAUGGCGAACUGGAACUCAGAAAUGAGUCCAGUUUUAAUCAUCGUGCUCCUGAUUCGGAUCAGAACAUUCGAACAAGCCUGGAGGCCAAUGAGGCCUAUGAGAGCUGUGGACUCGCCAGAAAUGAUGCAUAUGGCUGUGUGGACCUGCGCCUCAACGAGAUGCUUGGUGGCAACUCUGAAACUGGCGGCUUAGGAGAGUCAGAGAGCACCACAGAGGGAGACUAUACUUACAUCCGUAACCUAUAGUACAAAAAUAAUGAUCAUUCAUAACUUCCAAACACUUUUUCACCAUUCGCUUGAGUUAUGUACAGCGAGCGUCAACUGAUCUCCAUGUAGCAAUGGGCACACGUUUCCCACAGAUGCCUACUCAAAUGUUAUUUCUUAUCUUCCAUCCCUUUGUCUAUCGAGUUGCAUUUCUGUAGUCGAAAGCGUUGCCAUACACCAUGCGCCGUAAUGCUAGCAG